CUGCUCGGGGUCCUUGUUCACCUGGGUCCCGGCGUGACCUCUGCAGGCUUUGGGAGGCGUGAGCCGGGCAUUAGAAACCGGCGUUAGCUGGCGAGAGGGGUUCCGAGCGGCACCGGAGCCUCCCCGCGAGCAUUCUGCGCUUCUCGGCUCGCGCGGGGAGGAUUUAUGAGCUGGGUGUGGGGAGAGCCCGCGAGGCGGCGGCGGCGGAGGCUCCUGGGGCAGCAUGGGUGUGAUAGGUGUGCAGCUGGUGGUUACCAUGGUGAUGGCUAGUAUUAUACAGAAGAUCAUACCUCACUACUCUCUGGCGCGGUGGCUUCUCUGUAGUGGCAGCUUGCGAUGGUAUCUGCAUCCCACAGAAGAAGAAUUACGUAUUCUUGCCGGGAAACAACAAAAAGGAAAAAGCAAGAAAGAUAGGAAAUAUAAUGGUCAUAUUGAAAACAAACCGCUAACCAUUCCUAAAGACAUUGAUCUUCAUCUGGAAACAAAGUCUAUUACUGAAAUAGAUGCAUUAGCCUUGCAUUAUUUUCCUGAAUAUCAGUGGCUGGUGGACUUCACAGUUGCAGCUACAGUGGUAUAUUUGGUUACUGAAGCCUACUACAGCUGGGUGAAGCCCUCACAAGAAAUGAAUAUCAGUAUAGUCUGGUGUCUGCUUGUUCUGGCUUUUGCAAUCAAAAUAUUGUUUUCAUUAACUGCACACUACUUCAAAGUAGAAGAGGGAGGUGAGCGAUCCGUCUGCGUAACCUUUGGCUUCUUUUUCUUUGUCAAAGCCAUGACCAUUCUAAUAGUAACAGAAAAUUAUCUAGAAUUUGGACUCGAAUCAGGCUUCUCAAAUUUUUCAGAAAGUGCUGUGCAGUUUUUUGAAAAGCAAGGCUUGGAAUCCCAGGGUCCUGUUUCUAAACUAACCUUCAAAUUCUUCUUGGCUAUCCUUUGUUCGUUUAUUGGUGCUUUUUUGACAUUCCCUGGAUUGAGAUUGGCUCAGAUGCAUCUGGAUGCUUUGAGUUUAUCAACUGAAAAAAUCACCCAAACUCUGCUGCAUAUAAACUUCCUGGCACCCCUCCUGAUGGUCUUAUUGUGGGUAAAACCCAUUACUAAAGAUUAUAUAAUGAAUCCCCCAUUGGGAAAAGAGAAUGUGCCUUUAAUGUCAGAAGCAACAUUUGAUACUCUCAGGUUGUGGAUUAUAAUUCUCCUGUGUGCUUUGAGGUUAGCCAUGAUGCGUAGUCAUCUCCAAGCCUAUCUUAAUUUAGCACAGAAAUGUGUGGAUCAAAUGAAAAAGGAAGUUGGCAGAAUAAGUACAGUUGAACUACAGAAAAUGGUGGCCAGAGUGUUUUAUUACCUUUGUAUAAUUGCACUUCAGUAUGUGGCGCCUCUGGUUAUGCUGCUUCACAUGACUCUGCUGCUGAAAACUUUAGGUAACUAUUCCUGGGGCAUUUAUCCAGAAGCUACUUCAGAUUUACCAGUGGAGAGCAGUCCACUGAGCAAUUCAGUAAACUCUGAAUCUUCAUCUGAUGAUGGAAAGGUGAAGGUAACUGUAAUACAGCUAACAAUGGCACUGGCUAGCCUGAAGAACAUUUUCACUCCACUCUUAUUCAGAGGACUUCUGUCCUUCCUCACUUGGUGGAUUGCUGCUUGUCUCUUUUCCACAAGCCUUUUUGGGCUGUUCUACCAUCAAUACCUAACAGUGGCAUGACCUAACAAGUUCAAAGCUAGGAAGCCCAUGUGCCCAAAGGAGACUGAAGAAAAAAUGGAAGAAAUAACACGACAAAGUCUUUUUCAUAAAUGCUUUCUCCAUGUUCCGGGCAAUUGUUGGGUAAUGUUGGAAAUCGCAAACGAGUUUGCAACUUUGUUACCUAAAGUUGUAGGUAACUGCUGAAUUGUUUUUGGACUGCUUUGAAAUAUGUCAGAAGUACCUUCUGUUUUGGUGAACUUCGUGCUGCCCUGAAAACACUGUGUUAUUCAGUCAUUGAUUGGCUGAUCUUAGUGGUGUUAAGGUACUAGGGUUAAUAGUCACUGCAUAGAAAAUGGAACGUUCAACUGAGCCAUCUAAGGGGGUUGGAGAAGUUAUCCUGUUGGCAAAAACAUGGGUGACUUUUCUACUGAAGAGCAAAGUCAUCCAACAGGACAAAGAAAUACUGUAUAUUACAGUAAAGGAAGCUGUUUCAAAAGAGUUUAUUGUAAAUAAAAUGCAUGGACUCAGCAAGCAUUUGUGCUAAAGGACUUGUUUACAUAUUACAGUAAGGGUAUUGUAUUGCAAUAUUGUGUCACUUGGUUACUUAAUGUAUGAAUGUUCAGGAGUGUGCAGUUGUCAGACUUUAAAAGCAUUUCACUCUUUGAGCACUCACAUACUUGAAACGCAUCUUUUAGUGGUUAUAAUGGAAGAGCAGUAAGUCAUAAGACUGCGAGACUACGUGUACCUCACUCCUGCACAUUCAUGUAUUAGAACUAUGCAAAGUGGUAUAAUAUGCUGAGGCUUCCACAGCAUAUGUGAGGCACUGUAUCCUAUAAUGUAAUGUGUCAGGAAGUCCUAAAGAAUUUUCAUAUUGUAAAAGUAAAUAUAUUGUUUCAGUCUUAAUAGUCUUUUAAAAAAUAAUAAAUGGCCAUAUGACUCCUUGGACGUAUUGGUGCUAAUAUUUCUCCACUUAGAUCCAUUUGGGUUUUACUGUUCUGAAAUUAAGACAGAUUUCAUUGGAUUCACAAGAAAGGUUGACAUUAAUCAAAGUCUCCUAAACUUACUUUACUAUGUGUGUAUAGUUAAUAAAUCACAAUAGGUGAAAAUAUUGAAAUUUCCCUAUGAAUGUGUACUGCAGGACAGACAAGCUUGGGAGAAUUAAUAAGGGUUAUGCUGUGAAAAGAUUCGUCAAUGCCUUUAAUUAUAAGUAAUCAUAGCUGCAAUGUCAAUGAAAGCACUGUAGUUCAGGAGUAGCCAGUGAGAUGCUCUCCAGAUAUUAUUAGACUCCAUCUCCCAUCAGCCCUAGCAGCAUGGCCAGUGAUCAGGGACUAUGGGAGUUAGGAAUCCAACAACAUAUUGAGGAUACCGAGUUGGUUACCCUCUGCUCUAGAAUUGUAGCAGAUUUUGUAAUUUUCAGUGAGCCACCUGCCCUGCCUGGCUGUUACAAUCUUGUUAUAAUGGAUACAGAUUCUAGAUGGUGUCAGCGUAUGUUGCUCUGUUGUGGCCACCUUUUUGCUAUGGCACAUACAAUACUGUAUAGCAGUAGCUGCUGUCACCAGACUAUUACCACCCUAGAAUAUGGUACAAGUGCAAUAUGCAGAGUUAGCUCAUGACAGCACCAUGGAUCACUGUAUCAUGCUCUUGCAGUAAUUGCUAUGCCCCGUCCUAAGUGUUCAGCUGUCACAGUAGCUGUUGGGACUAUGUUAAUAAACUUUGCUAACCCAGGUGAAGAAACUCCAGCUAAAGCUUUUCAUUUACUUGUCUGUAUGUUCUAUGUUGGUUGACAAUGUUCAAUUGGAAAGAUAGAAGCAGCAGUUGGUCGUAAAACUGACUUUUCUAGCAUUUUGCUUGUUUUUGUUUCAGGAACUAAACUGGGCAUUCAUAUAGAUAAGGUGGAAGGAUUUCUUACUGUAGCAUGAGAAACAGCAAUUCACAAUAAUCUUAACAGUUCCCUCUAGUAGUAUAAACUUGAAAACGGGAACUUCUAGACAAUUUGCCUUAGAUACUUCUGCCUAACCAAAAAGGCAGUAUUCCCCAAAUGCCAGGCUCAUCUUCUAAACUGACUGUCUCUUCAUUGUACUGCCUUUGUUGGGCCUUAAACUUAAUUCAUUAUACUAGCCUUGGUUCUCUCUCUGUGUGUGCGCAUAGACACAGCACAUAGAAACCUGAGAAUUGCCUUGUGGCAUCAAACUUGUCAUCCACAUGCCCCCAAGAGGUUCACAAUUAAGGCAUGAUGGAGACACCUGUCCCUUUUUGGUUGAUCACAUAAUAUGGAGGUUUCAUUUCUCUGCCAUAGCUUCUACACACUUUUGUUUUUCUACUUCAGCUCUAGCCUGUUGUAACUUGGCCUGGAAUGUCAGGGACUUGUAACAUUACACCAUUUGAGAAGAGUACUUAGUUAAGGCCGAAAACGGUACAUUGUCACCUUCACUGCUGGUGUUUAUGCACUUUAUUCAGACAGAGAAUGCUGUUAGGAUUAUAAAUACUGUAUCUCAAAGGUGAUUAUACUGGUGUAGAGUAGUUAAAAGAAUGAGUCCAACUGGUGGCUUAUUGACCAUAACAGAAUCACACCCUGACCUAAAGGGAGCCAUACCAGUAGUGUCAUCACUUGUACUUAAAAGAGAGAGAGAGAGAAGAGAAAGAUGAAUGUCUACCAUCAAAAAUUGGAAUUCAUUCCCAUUAGCAGGGUGCAUUUAAAGGACUGCAGGUCUGAAAACACCAAAGCUUAAGAUUAAGAACCACAGAAAGAACUGUACAGAACAACGGUGAAUGGUAGUAAAACUGAUUUAAACAUCUCUUGUACAUCUCAUUCUGCUAGUAAUUAUAAACCUGACCAGCUUUUUAUAGGUAGGCAAGGUAUUUGUGUAAAGUACUCACGUGUUUCAUUCAUAGACCUGGCUUGCAGGUUAAUGCUUUGACGAACAAUGACUUAGUGGAAAUGUGCGGGUUCCUGGAGACAAGAUUCUGACUGCUUUUCUCCUCCAGUCCUGGUGCUUCCAUUUUGCUGUGAACUAAAACAUAGUUUGGCUUAGUGUCACAUCCAAAUCCAGGCUUGUGGUUUAACACAAGAUGUAGCCGAGUUUUAUUCUGUGGCACACCAUUCAUGAUUUGUCUGGAGGAGAUAAACCACUAGCCCAGGUUCAUAUGUAAUGAUAAACCCUAACUAUGGCUUAGCUCACAGCCGCAGGACUGGAAGAGGAGCAAAAUGGGUACAUCCUUCUCUCCAGGAUCCCACACAUUUGCUUGUUCUCACUAAGACUUGAAACCUUUUUAUGAAGUGCCCUGGCAGGCUAACACUUUGUCAGUGAUGCUGUGUAGACUCUGUGUUACUAGAAUACCGUGUUACUAGAAUACUUCACUUUGACUCUUUGUAUGAAAAGUGCAUGUGUACUUAAGCUGUUUGUCAGCUUUGCACAACUCACAUCUGAACAUUGCAAAGGCUGGUGAUGUACAGACGGCAUUCAUUUGUUUAAGGAGAAGGAAAAAAAUCAGAAUCCAAACAGUUGUUCUGUUCUGAAGUGUGGUAUCCAGCCUGAGGACUUAAAACCAAAAAAAUAAUGCAGUUUAUUUAGUUUAAAUGGUAGUAGGGCUUUAUGGAAUUAUGAAGGAAGCAUUUUAAAAAAAAUAAUGGCUUGGAUCCUAACACAAGCAAGUGGAAAUCUACAAUCACACAAUGGAGCUUUCUUAUCUCUCACCUCCACUGCAACCACUUGUUCCUGAAAAGCCACUUUUGAGGCAUAAGAUCCUCAGAUAUCAUGGUACAGGAGUCUGCAGCAAUAGAAAUGGGGGGAUAUCCCUUUGGCUUGCACAGCUGCACUUUUGGAUCCAAAUCAUUAUAUCAAACUUGGCCUGAAAAAUAUCGGUGUCCUGUGAUGGCUUCUACAGCAUUGACCAUCCUUCUGAAAAACAGCCGUGACUAAAUAAAUAAAAUAUCUAGGUUACAGUGGUGCUGAUAUGGUUUCACCCAGGGAAUGUUGUUUUUCUGCACAUAAAUGUUCUCAUCAAGUGAUUUCACCAUGCAACUUGCCUGCAUAUCAGAGCUUUCACACUCAAGUUUCAUAGAGGGGGGGUAGCUCUGUGUAUGUGAAGGAAUGUGCACCAGUGCCUCGAUCAAAGUGAAUGGGACAGCUUGCUUGCAUAGGAUUUCCACAUGCUGAUUGGAGCAUACUGAGCGAUCUCGUGCCCGUUUGUGCUAUUGCACUUCCGAUAUGUAUAUGUGAGCUGGAGAACAUGAAACAUGGAAAAAAGAUUGCGAAGGAAGGAAACAGUAUGGAGAAAAGCAUUGUAAUAAUUGGGGUUAUCAACAGUGGCUGAAACCCAGGUCCGUCUUGAUAAAAAUACAUAAAAAUUGGAUUUAUUUUUUAAAAAAAUGCAAGUUCAAAAAUAAUAUAUGUUUAAAGGUAUAGAUCUUGCAUUUGCUUGAAUCUCUGAUGUGACACACUAUAUAAAUAACCCUUCCCAUGCAGUUGAUGCCUUUAGGUUGUCUUUAAAUGCUUGUUAAGCUAUGAUACAACAAUUUCAAGUAGAAUUAGAACUGGCAACUUUUCUGGCUUUUAACAGGUGCAUCUAUUUCUUUAUCACUGCACCACCAUGUUUGCAGAAACUUUACCAGCCGAAUUUCUCCUUGUCAUAUAAUUGGUUUAAACAUAAGAGCUUGCUGGGGGAGAGGUGGAUGUUGGCAACAGUGAAAUACAGAAUUAAUCUUUCAUUGCUUCAUGAUACUACUAUACUUUUGCCUGUGACUAAGCUUGCAAGGCAGAUUAACUUCAUUUUCUAAAAAUGUUGGGGGUAGCAUAAAAUUAUACACCUGAGAUCAUUAGAAACCAGUAUCUUUUAAAAAAAACUUACUUUUUUUGUAAAAUGCAGAACCUAUAGAAAAGAUGCUUUAAAUUUUUCAGUACCAUAGGGCAAGAACUAUCUAGUCCUUACAAGAAACCCAUUACUUAAGCAUCCCUGACCAUCCAGCUUGUUUAAAAUGCUCUAAGGAAGAAGAAUCUAUUGCCUUAUGAGGCAAUGUGUUCUGCUUUUGAACACUGUUAAGUUUCUCGUAGUGUUUCACCUAAACCGUUCUUCUUGCAACUUGAACCCAUUGGUUUGAGUUCUACCCUCUCGAGCGCUAGAAAACAGAUUUGAUCCAUCUGUGUGUCGGAUAAUGUCAUCUUUGACAUCCUUGCUGUUUGGUCUCUUUAGAAGUGGGUGGUAAAUUGGAACAUUGUAGCAAUGAUAAGAUAGACAUUUAAGGCAGGAGUCACCUAACUUUGUCAGUGGAAGCCCUGAACAUGGACUUCUGUUUGCAGAAUGGAGUUUUCCCCCUCCUUCCUCACACCCCCAGAAGAGUGGACAAGGAGAAGAGAAGGAGGAUCCUUUCAUUUGGCAAGCUGCAAUGCUUGUGCAGAUGAAACAUUCAUCAUAGUGUGAUAUCAACUUAAUAUUGUAUGGUUUCAACUUAAUCUUGAUCCAAUGCAAACACAUCUGAAUGGCAGAAAACUUUCUUAGAAGCCAUUCUGGGCUGUUGUGUGAUAAAACCAAAAAGUAAUAUGAGAAUUAACUUUUUGUUCACAGGUAAGAGAAAACAAAUGACACACAUAAACCAAUAGACUGGAUAGUCACUAAUUUUAAGUGCAGCUUUAAGUCCUAAAUACAGUAACUGGAAGAAAGUCUCUCAGUGUUACUUGAAAGUAAUCAUGUUUAAGUCUUCAGCUUCUUAUAACCAACAGACAUCUCUAUCUUCUUGGCUAACUGUUAUUUUCUCAAAACCCACACACAGCUGGAGAAUUCAGAUGAGAAAUGAGCUUCCCUAUUUAUUUAUUUAUUCAUUUAUAUAAAAAACCUUUUUAGUGGAUCAGUCUACAAAUCAAAGUGCAGUCUUUGUAACUGGAACUCCAUAAAAUUAAGAUUGUACUGAAGGAAGCCGCCCCCCCUUCAAGGGAAAAAAAGUCUCUUCUAUACUUUGUCCAUCUCUCAGUUCAUUGCCCAAUGCAGUUUGUGUAAUAUUCCAGUAUCCAUAGGGUAGGCUAUGCUUCAAAACCAGCAGCAAGUAAGAAGGUAUAUGCAAAAGGUGGGGGCCAGGAGACCUUCUAUAACCUACAAAUUUUUACACCAUGUGUAAAGAAAUCGUAUUGCUUAUUGCUAUAUUUUAUGCCUGCAAAUAAAAGCAAUAUAUUAAUCUGCUUUAUAUUUUUGCAUGUCAGGCAGCACUUUACUAAUAAUGGUGGGAAAGGAUAAGAGGUAGUUGUAAUAAGGCUUGUAAACUGCUCUGUGCUCUGCAAGUGCUAUAGAAAUUAUAUCCCAUUCAGUGUGUGUUGAUACCAAUGUAGUAAACACUGUGACUCAAGAUUUGCUUUUUGUAUAAUUCGUCAAAAUAUUCUAGGAGGAGCCGGAUUCUACAGUCUUCUCUGAAAUGGGUUGCUGGCUAAGCACCAGCCAUACUGGAUUUAUAUGAAUGUUAAUGCCUACUGUGGAUAGCAGUAAUUGCAUCAAUAAGUUUGCCUCUGCAAACUAUCAGUUCAGCUGGUGGGAAGCAAUAUCAAUUACGCUGAAUUUACUAGGCAAUAGAAUGUUCUUAGUACUGUAAUGUUAAUGUUCACUGUAACUUGACCAUUUAACCUGUUCGUUUGUUCAUACCAUACACGUGGACUGUUACUGUAUCUGUUCCUAUUGAAUUGCCCAGAUCAGAAAAAAGGCAAUUUAUUCAAACCAAAGAUCAAUAAAUAUGUUGUGGUGUUGA